AAGAAUGGGCGAUUAACGACGGGACAGCUCCUUCUCAGGUAUCUCAUAUGACCUCGGCGGUCACGACAGAAUGCCGAACCAGUGAGGCCCUGCUAAGCACGUCGACAUCAUCCCGAAUGGUAGACAACGUGGGCGGAGACCCUUGAGAGAGAAGAAAAAGAAGAAGAGGAAGAGAAAGCGACGGGAGAAACACACAAAAGUCGAAAAGCCCGAACUAGCGGGCGGUGAGGAGAUGGAAGAUGGAUCUUCCGAGUGGUAAUGCACGGCUGCUCAUUGGCUGAUUUUGGGGCAUCGGGUGAAGUCCCGUGACUGGGAGGUGAACCCGAGGUUGUCCGUCCCGUGAUUCCGAAGCGUUACGAACGAGUCGGCAGUUCGAGGCUACUUUCUUCUUGGACGACUACGACGACGACGGUCAGCUUCGUGUGCCCGAUUCAGCCUCUCACCACUUCUUGAGGUUAUCAAUUUCAUCAUGCUCUCUCAGAAGGUUGCUCAACAAUCGCUGCGGCGGCUUGCCGUCCAGCAGCCCUACGCCCUGCGUUGGUCUUUGAUGAACUCGGUCUCCCCGGCUGCUGUUGCUCUCGGAAGAGCCGUUCAGACUAGACACGCUGCUACCUCCUCCAACUCCUCCGACCCUACCAAGCUCCUCGCCCAGCAGCGUCUCAACCGCCCCGUCUCUCCCCACCUUAGCAUCUACCGUCCCCAGAUCACAUGGAUCGGCAGUAGUAUCCACCGUAUCACCGGUAUUGCGCUGUCCGGAAGUCUCUACCUCUAUGCCUCUGCCUACCUCGCCUCUCCCAUGCUCGGUUGGGAUCUGGGCUCUGCCUCCGCCGCCGCCGCUUUCGCCGCCCUCCCUGUUGUCGCCAAGGUUGCCCUGAAGACUACCAUGGCCCUGCCUUUCACCUACCACUGCAUGAACGGAGUGCGCCACUUGAUUUGGGAUACUGGUGCUGGUCUUACCAACGCCCAGGUCAUCAAGACCGGCUGGACUGUGGUGGGUCUGAGUACUCUUAGCGCUCUCAUUCUUGCUUUCCUGUGAACUAUUGUGACAUACCUCUGAUUUCUGUUGUGUUUUAAAAUUGUUUUCGUGCAAUAUAUUUUAUACCAGUCAA